AAUACAUAGUAAUAGUAGUCCCGGUGGACCCCCAAGUUUCAAUUUUACGCAAGUGUUUCUUGUCAAAACAAAAAACACUUGUAUGGAAGACUAUAUCACAGUGGGUUAAAUUGGUUUCCUCAGAAAUUCGGAUUUUUUAAAUAUUCUCAUUCUGGAGGCUUACUUCCAUCCCCGCAAAGGACACAGCCAACUAGACAACCGGGUUCACAAGGUUUGAAAAUCGGUAUUGCAGAUAAAGAUUUACUUGAAAACGGAGGAAAAAAAAACUUUUAGUUUUAGUAGCAAAUUGAGUAUUAUAAUUACAAGAAAUAAAAUAACCAAUAAAUUAAAUUAUGCCACACUCUAUCAGCCAUUUUGAAGAACAAGGAUUUACAGGAAGUUAAAUUACGCAUGAAUUCAAGUUAAUGAUUAAAUCAAAAUCAUCAAGAUUGCAUCAGAUAAAACAAAGCAUAAUGAACACAACAAGGUGUAUAUUAAAUGUGGUCACAAUCAAAAUAAUAAUUCGAGAAUAAAUGUUCAAAUUCAAGCUGUGAGAAAAUAAUUCAGAUGUAAGAAAAUAACAUUAAUAUACGUAAUACAAACACAAAAUGCACCUCCCAUUUCUAGUCCGUGAUAAUAUAUUAAUUUAACUGAUGAAAAUUUUCAAGGUCCUUUGGUUCAAAAUGGAUCAACGAUGGGAAUAAAUUCCAUAAAUGAACUAUUUUAAAUCUCGAACGAGGAGUUAUGAAGUGUGAAUACUGCAGUAACUUAAGCUAUAAUCAUUCAAAAACUUUAGAUAUACCGUUAAUUUAAAAGAGAUCAUAUUAAAAUUACACGUGUUUGUAAUCUGUCUGUCUGUGCGUCCGUCAUGUGUAUCGAUUCCAAAAAAAUUUGAGUUGAAACCAAUCAAAUAAAUUUUUAGUAACGAUUUACACAAUGUUUACCACGAUCUUACAACGUCUGAUAGACUUCGGAGCAGUCAGUUUUAUAUUUUCUGAGACAAGUUUUCAAAUUUCUUUGUGGAAAUUAGAAGUUUUUCCCAAGAGCUAAAUUUUGAGAUGUCGUGAUUUAAUUGAUGAUUGAGAUAGACAAACAAAUUUAGUUAGAAUGUAAGCAUCUACAGGGCCAAGAUUCCACAGUGUUCCGUAAACUCCCCAACAGAGAGAUAGACGGAAACGUGAAACCCACUUCUUCGCAUGAAAUACAAUCAUUUUGAAAUGGUUCUACGAAAUAGUGAGUAGUUUUUCUGUUUUGAAUAUUUGUAUGGUGGUCCAUUAUUUUGUACACCGAAAUAGUUUGGAUCAGAGCACAGUGGACUUUUUAAAAACCAAUUUUGAAUUAAAAUUAAAGCCUUGACGCAAAAUUUAAAUCCGCGAUAUGUACCGAAAAGUUCCGAUCCAGUCUAUUACGUAGCAACUUGGCAACACUGUUUGCGUAAUUGUCGUAGUGCAUUAUGCAUUAACGAGUUGCAACCAACCGAGUCCUAUGUGUAAUUUCGUACAUCUAAAUUUAGACAAUAGUGACACAAUGUCAGAAGAUCAAAAAAAUGUGUAUUUAUCGGCAUUAUUUGCAGGAGCAGGCGCCGCCCUCGCUGUUGAUUUAGCCCUUUUUCCUCUAGAUACUUUAACAACACGUCUCCAGUCCGCACGAGGCUUUUUUAAAACCGGAGGUUUCAAACAUGUUUAUAAAGGCAUUGGACCUCAAACCAUAGGAAGUGCUCCAGAAGCGGCCUUAUUUUUUUUGACGUAUGAAAGUUUUAAAAAUUACGUUGAACCAAGGGUGGACUCUGAUGUUUUACCAUUAGUUUACAUGACUGCAGCCACAGCUGGUGAAAUCGUAGCCUGUUUAAUUGGAGCCCCAGUGGAGGUGGUAAAGCAGCGCAGACAAACUUCUACAAAUAUAAAACAUACCUCUAUGAGAAUUUUCAUGCAUGCUGUUAAAUCAGAAGGACUAAUAAAAGGCUUGUAUAGAGGAUAUGGUUCAAUGCUAACCCAACAUAUUCCAUUUUCUUUAAUUCAGUUUCCCGUUUUGGAAUAUUUAAAAAAAGUAUACAGGGUCAGUUUUAAAAAUGACGUUCCUCUAGAUUCGUGGGAUGUAGCAAACUGUGGUGCCGUGGCUGCAGCUUUUGCUGCUAUUACAACGACUCCUUUAGAUGUCGCUAAAACUCGAAUUAUGUUGGCUAAUAAAAAACUCGCGACUGACAUGACAAUCAGGACUGUGUUGAAGCAACUUUAUUACGAAAAAGGAUUUAAAGGUCUUUUUGCAGGGUUUACACCAAGAGUGAUGUUAGCAACAGUCGGAUCUUACGUAUUUUUCGGUACUUACGAUUUAUCAAAGAAUUUUUGCAACGAUUAUUUGUUGAAUCGUGACCUGUCGGUCAACUGGUAAUACUUUUUAAUUAUUUUGACCUUUAAAUAUUGCUAAAUCGCAUUUUUUAAUAAACAUGACGGCAUUACUUCCA